CAAGCAACAAUCUUAAUAACUUGUCUUUCAGAGACGAAGAAUAGUGGCCUCCAUCAUUGCCCGAUAAGAUAGUGACCAGCUAAGCUAUUAUCCACAUCGUUCUAUUAACGCGUGAGAGUAAUCCUCUAUAUCUAAAAAAUAAACCAAAAAAUAAUCAUAUAUUCCAUAUCUAUAACAUCUAUUGUACCUUGUAUAGUCCAAUCUCUUUUGAGACAUUGCUUCAUGAAGAUAAGAUUCACAUACUUGCCCACGACUUUGACCAUCAGCGCUGAUUACCACGGUUCGCACUAAUUGUUAAAAGCUUCUUUUGGGAGGGGAAUCGUGGGGCAUGGAUCGAAGGGAGCAUCUUUGUCAUCCUCCUUGUCCAUCUCUUUAUACCACUUAUCUUUCGAGUUUGGAACAUCUUCAUCAAUGUCCUCUAUGAAGGUGGAAUCAUCCUCGAUACGAGGAUCUAUGGGCGUUAGGAGGGAGUCGUUAUAUGACACUUUUAUCACUUUAUAGUGACCUCCAUGUCUUCACUAGGUUAAUUGAGAUCAACCUCUUCUCUUGUUUUCACUUUUUUUUUUGUGCUUCUUAACGAGAGAUCUUUCUCUCUUGGUCAAAAACCCUAGUAAAGCUCUCUUCCAUAGACUUGCGAAUCCCAUUAUUUAAACACGAGAUUAUGCAUCAAUUUAAAAACAGGAAGGUCUAUUUUUUUUUUUCAGAGAAAUCAUUGUCACCUCAAACUCAGAUGCAAAAGAGAUCUAACUAUCUAACUUGUACACGUAAAAAGACUUGUAACUUGAAAGUCUCAACUAAAAAAAAUCUUGUUUGUUCAUGCCGAAAUUGGCCAUUGGGGAAAAACAAAAGAAUGCAAACCAUUAGGAAAAUGCCACGUAUCAUUUAUUGAGCCACAUCCAUUUCUAAAUUGUCUUUGAGCUCACUCUUUUAUUUAGUUUCUAAUACAAACCCAAACACGUCUCUUCUCUUACUUUCUUUGUGCCCCGAACAGGCCCUUGCCUUCUCGUUCCCCCCUCACUUCUCUUCUCCACUGACUUCACAUCCCUCUGAUUCUUCAUUUCUAAGAUGGCAGCCUCUUUGGCCUGUCUUGGUGGAAGUGGUUUAUCAGUGCAAAGCGGAAAAAUAACUCUUGACUUCAACGGGAGAUAUCUCUUCUCAUCUCGUAGACUUUCAUCAGCGAAUAAAGAACCAAGGGUCAAAUCUGUAAAUGCAUCCUUGGAACAAAGGAAGCAUGAAGGGAGGAGGGAGUUUCUUAAAUUGUUGAAUGUGGGAGUUGGGCUACCUGCAUUAUUGGGAAGUGGGAAAGCUUUCGCCGAUGAACAAGGGGUUUCCUCCUCCAGAAUGUCUUAUUCUAGAUUUCUUGAGUAUUUAGACAAAGAUAGAGUUAAAAAAGUGGAUUUGUUUGAGAACGGAACAAUAGCUGUUGCAGAGGCUGUUUCUCCUGAGUUGGGUAAUAGGGUGCAACGAGUGCGAGUUCAACUUCCAGGACUUAGCCAAGAGCUUCUACAGAAAUUCAGGGAAAAGAAUAUUGACUUUGCAGCUCAUAAUGCCCAAGAAGAGUCGGGCAAUCUAUUGUUUAACCUGAUUGGGAAUCUUGCUUUCCCUCUAAUAUUGAUCGGAGGAUUGUUCCUUCUUUCAAGAAGAUCAUCUGGUGGGAUGGGAGGUCCCGGUGGGCCUGGAUUUCCUCUUGCUUUUGGUCAAUCUAAGGCUAAGUUUCAAAUGGAACCUAAUACCGGAGUGACAUUUGAUGAUGUUGCUGGGGUGGAUGAAGCUAAACAGGACUUUAUGGAGGUAGUGGAGUUUCUGAAGAAGCCUGAGAGGUUCACUGCUGUUGGGGCUCGCAUUCCGAAAGGAGUUCUUCUUGUUGGUCCUCCAGGAACCGGUAAGACGCUGUUAGCCAAGGCUAUUGCAGGGGAAGCAGGUGUCCCAUUCUUCUCCAUCUCAGGUUCCGAGUUUGUUGAGAUGUUUGUUGGUGUUGGUGCUUCUCGUGUUCGUGAUUUAUUCAAGAAGGCCAAAGAGAAUGCUCCUUGCAUUGUUUUUGUUGAUGAAAUCGAUGCUGUUGGAAGGCAAAGAGGUACUGGAAUUGGAGGAGGGAAUGAUGAAAGAGAACAGACCCUCAACCAACUUUUGACAGAAAUGGAUGGGUUCGAGGGUAAUACCGGUAUCAUUGUCAUUGCAGCAACUAACAGAGCUGACAUUCUUGACUCUGCUUUAUUGAGACCUGGACGGUUUGAUAGACAGGUGACAGUUGAUGUUCCAGACAUUCGUGGAAGGACUGAGAUCCUCAAGGUUCAUGGCAGCAACAAAAAGUUCGAAGGGGAUGUUUCUCUCGAGGUAAUUGCAAUGAGAACACCUGGUUUUAGUGGAGCAGAUCUUGCAAAUCUAAUGAAUGAAGCUGCUAUAUUGGCCGGUAGGCGUGGGAAGACGGCAAUUUCUUCGAAAGAGAUUGAUGAUUCAAUUGAUAGAAUUGUUGCUGGAAUGGAAGGAACAGUGAUGACAGAUGGGAAGAGCAAAAGUCUAGUGGCAUAUCAUGAAGUUGGGCAUGCCAUUUGCGGAACUUUGACUCCUGGUCAUGACCCUGUACAAAAGGUGACGCUAGUUCCUCGUGGGCAAGCUCGGGGUCUUACUUGGUUCAUCCCUAAUGACGACCCAACUCUAAUUUCCAAACAGCAACUCUUCGCGAGAAUUGUUGGUGGACUAGGCGGUAGAGCUGCAGAGGAAGUUAUUUUUGGUGAGCCUGAGGUUACAACUGGAGCAGCUGGUGAUUUGCAGCAAAUAACCGGUUUGGCCAAACAGAUGGUUACCACAUUUGGAAUGUCUGAUAUUGGUCCUUGGUCACUCAUGGAUGCCUCGGCUCAAAGCGCAGAUGUCAUUAUGAGAAUGAUGGCUAGAAACUCGAUGUCAGAAAAGCUCGCCGAAGACAUUGACGCCGCUAUCAAGAGGCUCUCAGAUGAAGCAUAUGAAAUUGCAUUGGAACAUAUAAGGAACAACCGUGAAGCAAUUGAUAAGAUUGUGGAUGUCCUUCUGGAGAAGGAGACAAUGACCGGCGAUGAAUUCCGAUCUCUGCUAUCCGAGUUUGUCGAAAUUCCGGCUGAAAAUCGGGUCCCUCCUUCAACUCCCUCACCAGUCACUGUUUGAAAAAUCAAUUCCCCAUAGCUUAGCUCGAUAGAUAUUAAAUUUUCCUCAAACUGUAAAAUAUAAUGUAAUAUAUAUUUUGACUUGAAUAUUUUCUUUUGUUUCCUUAUUUUUUUUCCCACUUUGUGCAUCCAACAGAAACUAUACCAAAAAGGAAAUGUUUCAUCAGUCAUUGUAGUCUGUCCAAAAAGGAAAUUUUUUAUGUUGACUUUCUCUGGAGCUUUUCUUUCA